GUUUGGCUCAAGUGCUAGAUCAGGUAUUCGAGCGGUACUUGUUCAAAGGGGUAGAUCGUUCCACCCAUCCAUGCGCCGCCUUAGACGCGCUUUGUUUGCUCAUCGCUAGCGUCAUCAUCGGGCUGACCUUCGGGUGGUCCCGCAUCUGCAUCACAAAGCGAAGCGCGCGAGCGUCUGCCAGCCCGGUGAAGUGGACGCCUGCGCGCGCCGACAGUAUCCGCAGGUUCGGAAUAGAGAUCGUCUAGCGCCACCCAGACACGAGCGAUCACGUGUGCAUCGCCGGUGCUUAUGCCGCACAUAACCUUGUGAAGGUUUGCGUCGGCGGCCCGUGCUGGGAUCUGACCAUGGAUGGAGGCCAAGCUCCCGUGACCGAGGAUGUCAGGCGAAGCGAGAUGGUGGCGGUGCAUUUCGAACUCGCAGACGGCGACAACAUUGCAAACGUGAUGAACAUUGAAGGCAGCGGCGCUGUCGUUGCCAACGAGGAAAGCUCCCAUGCCGAGGUAGCGACGGGCCUCUCCCAAGUCAUGGGACAUGUUGAAAUUGAUCACGCAGCGGUGGACGCGUCCACCACGCGCUACUUGGCCAAGGACACCUGCGAAUGCAACACGGUCGAGUUUGCCAUCGGUGAGGACGAAAGGCUUCAGCAGUGCGCCGCUCCAUGUUGCGCGGACCCAGGAAACGACGGGUGCCAGUGCGCCACUGGCUGCCCCGACCAGAUUCUUGAGGCAUCCGUCGGCGUGGUCAAAUGCACCAUCACGGUUGUUUCCUAAAGCACGGACGGAUCGGCUCGGAUGCCACCAUAAUAUUUCGGGACCAUCUACCAGAUGCCCGCUUUCAGUAAUACGCAGGCCGACGCGCUGAUUUCAAUCAUAUGCAGGCCGACGCGCUGACCAUCACAUCGCGUUGCGGUUCCGUCGAGCGUUCCGACAUGGGACGUCUGAAUUUGGCAAUGGUACUAGCGGUGAAGGGCGCAAAGAAAUUGCGGUCGAAAUGGAGAGCAUGACGGUAGCAAGCGGUGGUUUGACGGGCAAUUCGGUUUUCUCCAUUGUCGAUUUGGGCUCGCGGCCGUUCACGCCGACGGAAACGACGACAAUGGGUGGCGCAGAACAGACAGCGACGGGCGACGGUGGAGCCGACGACGGUCAGACACUUUUCGCGCCGACGGUGGAGAUGACGAAGAAUAUGUCAGCAGUUGCGUCAAGCCCACCGUCACAUCUUUCGUAGUUCAAGACAUAGCUGUCGACGCAAAGGUCGUGCUCCUGAGGUACAGGAUCGACAUAUCUGGGAUCACCGCCAUCGAACCUAGCGGCAAGUCUGUGAACAAUUACGACCCGACCCAGAUUCUACCCGCUUCGCGGGUGCGCGCCUGGCAUCGACGAGGAUGCGUCGAGGUGGUCUCGAUCAUUCUUCACCACGCAAUCUGCAUCCGCAGUCCCAAAUUUUGGCGCUGACAGCAUUGGCCUGGCAGGCAGCUGCAGCUGCGCCAGACAUGGAUCCUUUGCGGCGGCUUGUCUACAAUGCCUCCGUGAACACACAUGAAGUGCGCUCGCCUUUCAUGGGGCAAAUUUGAGUGUUGACCAAGAAGGGUCAGCAUCGAGCGCCGCGCAGCGUUCCGUGCUUCUGCGGCAUCCUCCCUCUGUGACGCUUGCGUCCCCCACUCGCCGCCCGUCGCGGGCUGCUGUUCCGGCGCCUUUUAGGGGGCCAGCCGCGCAUCCCUCUGAGAUAUUUGCUCGGGCAUCGGAGGUGGCACCGCGCGGGCGCGGCCGCAAGUCACCUCCCUUUCGUCAGGGAAAUAGGAUCGCGC